AUGCGCAGUCUUAUUCGCCCCUUAAGCCGUUUCAAUAGACAUGAUUUCCUAAGCCUUUCACUGGCUCAUCACUUACCAGUUCAAGUGCGCUCCCAAUCAUCCUUCGCCAGGCACAAUGGCCGUCGGAAACGCAUCGUUGUCGCUGUUACAGGAGCGACUGGUUCUCCCUUGGCAGCUGCUCUCCUCAAACGUCUUCGGGAACUCGAGGUUGAGACGCAUCUCAUCAUGUCAAAAUGGGGAGGGGCAACACUCAAAUACGAACUUGAAGCUCCAAAUAACACAGCUUUGUACCUUGAGUCUCUUGCUUGUGUCACGCACUCAUCGCUAGAUGUCUCAGCCUCACUAUCAUCUGGCUCCUUUCGCACGGAUGGCAUGAUUGUAGUUCCAUGCAGUAUGAAGACAUUAGCAGGCAUACGAAUGGGCUACGAUAAUGACCUCAUUGUACGAGCGGCAAGUGUGACAUUGAAGGAGAGAAGGAGGCUUGUUCUAGUGGCCAGAGAAACGCCAUUAACGAGCAUUUACUUGGAGAACAUGCUUGAAGUAACCAAGACCGGAGCUGUGGUGUUCCCGCCAGUGAUGGCUUUUUACACAAGACCGAGUUCUAUCGAUGACAUGGUACAGCAAAGUAUCAUGAGAAUGAUUGACCUGCUCGAUCUCGAAGUUAUAGAUGAGGAUGUGCAGAAUGAAGCCCGUUGGUCAGGAUUUAACUGGGCAGCAAAGGAAAAGCAAAGUACCUAG